AUGGUUUGUAAGGAUAGUGCAGAAGGCAAUUUCUUCAAUGAAUUACAGCUGUACCGAUUGCUGAGGAGUGGAAACAGCCUUGCCUGUCCGACAAAGACAGGGGUUUGUUUGCUGCAGGAUGGUAACCAGGAGCCUUUCAAAGUGCGACUACACUUAGCCAAAGAUAUUUUGAUGAUCCAGGAGCAGGAUGUGAUCUGUGUGUCUGGUGAGCCUUUCUAUUCUGGUGAAAGAACAGUGACAAUAAGAAGACAGACUGUAGGAGGAUUUGGAUUAAGUAUAAAGGGUGGAGCAGAACAUAAUAUUCCAGUGGUCAUUUCUAAAAUUUCCAAAGAACAAAGAGCGGAACUUUCAGGUUUACUCUUUAUAGGAGAUGCAAUUCUGCAGAUUAAUGGAAUUAAUGUGAGAAAAUGCAGGCAUGAAGAAGUGUUUUUUCGGUGGAGGAGGAAGAGGAAAGGCGAAUGGACUCUAUAUAAUUUUUCAAUAGUAUCCAGUGUUGGCCUGUUCCAGCCAGAUACAUGGAAGUUUCCAGAUGGCCCACCCCAUACUUCUCAACCACUAGUAUGGUACAGUAUGGUACAGGUCCUUCGCAAUGCAGGGGAAGAAGUGACCCUAACUGUGUCCUUUCUGAAAAGAGCACCUGCUUUUCUCAAACUGCCACUGAAUGAAGAUUGUGCAUGUGCCCCCAGUGACCAAAGCAGUGGCACAUCCUCUCCCCUAUGUGACAGCGGUUUGCAUCUCAACUACCAUCCCAACAACACGGAUACAUUAUCAUGUUCCUCAUGGCCAGCAUCCCCAGGACUUAGGUGGGAGAAAAGGUGGUGUGAUCUUCGAUUAAUUCCACUUCUUCAUUCACGAUUUUCCCAGUACCUUCCAGGAUCAGAUUUGUGCAGGCAAAACGCAUUCCAAGUAAUUGCUGUGGAUGGGGUUUGCAGUGGAAUAAUUCAGUGUCUCUCUGCUGAAGACUGUAUUGACUGGCUACAAGCAAUAGCAAGUAACAUUUCCAACCUCACAAAGCACAAUAUUAAAAAAAUCAACAGGAAUUUUCCCGUAAACCAGCAGAUAGUCUACAUGGGCUGGACAGAAGAACGGGAACAAGACUCCCUUCAGGACCGAAUGUACACACCAAAGUUUCUAGCACUGAGGGGAUCUUCCCUGUAUAAAUUUAUAGCACCUCCAGUCACAACCUGGGAUUGGACACGAGCUGAGAAAACAUUUUCAGUUUAUGAGAUAAUGUGCAAAAUUCUCAAGGACAGUGAUCUACUGGACCGUCGGAAACAUUGCUUCAGUGUCCAGUCUGAAUCUGGAGAAGAUCUUUACUUCUCUGUGGAGCUAGAUUCUGACCUAACACUAUGGGAAAAAGCCUUCCAAACAGCAACUUUUUUAGAAGUUGAACGGAUACAGUGCAAGACGUAUGCCUGUGUUUUAGAGAGUCAUCUUAUGGGACUUACCAUCGACUUUAGCAUGGGCUUUGUCUGUUUUGAUGCUGCCACAAAGGCUGUGCUUUGGAGGUACAAGUUUUCCCAGCUCAAAGGUUCUUCAGAUGAUGGGAAGAGCAAAAUCAAAUUUUUGUUCCAAAACCAAGAUACUAAACAAAUUGAAGCAAAGGAGCUGGAGUUUUCUAACCUGUUUGCAGUCCUUCACUGUAUUCACUCAUUCUUUGCAGCCAAAGUGGCUUGUUUGGACCCUUUGUAUGUAGGCAGCCAAGCCACAGCUUCUGCUGCUCCCACAACUUCUGGUACUGGCAAAUUAAAGUAUACUACUUGACAUCCCCCAUGACUUCACUGCCACUUAACAGCAAGACAUAAAAAUGUAUAAAUAUUCGUAAGAUUUAGACCUUUGGUGAACCAUGUAUGUGGAAACCAAUCCUGGAGGCAAGACAUCUUGCAACAUCAGCAGAUAAAUGGUCACGUGGGAACAUAACUUCAUCUCAGUUCUGCAAGACAUCAGUAAAUAAUCCUAG